CUUCCGGUGUGAAAGGUCACACCAAGAUGGCGCCGUCCAAGAAGAAACAUGCCAGUGGCCAGCCUUGUAUUAUUCCGGGAGGAUUUACAGUGCUGUCCCUACAGUUCAGUUCCGACAGCGUCGCACAGCACAAGCUCUAUGUCAAAGAGCACAAAGUCCGAGCAGAGAAGAGUUCCCACAGGCCGCUGGACCGGACUCUGUUCGUUCUCAACAUCCCCCCGUACUGCUCAGAGGGUGUUGUCAAAGAGUUGUUCUCCCAGUUUGGCUGUGUUCAGUCCGUGGAGUUGAGGGACCACCCGGGCUCCUUCCAGGACUCUGGACCCAAGCUGUCCAGGUUCUUUAAACCUGUUGCAAAACAGGGUUUUAGAGUCGGCUACGUUGUGUUCGAAAACUCCUCCAGUUUAAGAGCAGCUAAAUCACACCCACACGAUGUCUCUUUGGUGGUCUGCACAGAGCAGCGUCCAGUGAAGACAGGAGUGCAGAAAUGGAUUCAGCAGUACACGGAGUCUUUUAUUAACCCGGACAAACUGCAACACAUAGUCGACUCCUUUAUGGAAGGCUACGACAAGCGGAAAGAGGAGGAAGCGGAGAGGCAGAGGAAGGAGGCAGAGCAGCAACAAGAGGAUGAAGAGGGCUGGGUGAAAGUCACAAGAGGAUCCAAGGGCACCAAGGGCCGCCCCCACAGCGAGGCAGCCAAUGAGAGGACUCUACAGAAGGAGAUGAGGAAGAAGAAAAGGAAGGAGCUCCUGAACUUCUACACCUGGCAGCACAGAAACACGCAGAAAGAACAUAUUGCUGACCUACGGAAGAAAUUCGAGGAGGAUAAACAGAGAAUAGCUCUGUUGAGGGCACAGAGAAAGUUCAAACCUUACUGAGUCAACAACCCUGAUUUUCCUUUCUUCAUUUCACUGCUUUUGUGUGUUUUAGUUACAUUAUAACCCUGACCCUUUUUGUGUCAAUAAACAUUAUUCUGAGUGAC